CACGGCCGGGGCUGCCAUCUUGUUGAGAAAGAAGGAACCGAGAGCGGAAGGGACGGAGUUGCAGGAAACUAGGAAUCUGAUAGGCUGACUGUGUACCAUGUCACUGGGCUGAACUUGACCACCGCUUCAGAUCGCCAUGGCCUCAGCACUGUCCCAAAGCCCCCAGGAGGCAUUGCUCUGGGCUCUGAGUGAUCUUGAGAACAGUUUCAAGACACUGAAGUUCCACUUACGGGCUAUGACCCAACCUCAUCUGGCUCGCGGGGAGCUGGAGCGCCUGAGUCGGGUGGACCUGGCUUCACGACUGAUUUUAAUGUACGGAGCCCAGGAGGCUGUGAGAGUAGUACUCAAGGUCUUGAAGAUCAUGAACUUGUUGGAACUUGUGGACCAGCUAAGCCAAGUUCAUCUGAACGAUUACAGAGAAAUCUACCGGGAGCAUGUGCGCAGCCUAGCGGAGGAAGACCAGGGAGUCAAGGGCAGUUUCAACCGCCUGCUCCUGGUGGCAGCAGAACCGCCUGCCGGCCCUGGCCUGGAGCAGGAGCUGCACUCAGUCGGGAUGGAGACUUUAUUUGGUCCAGGAGAAGAGCCUCAUCCCUCUGUGGUGGUGCUCCAAGGGUCUGCUGGCACCGGCAAGACAACCCUGGUCAAAAAAUUGGUGCAGGAGUGGGCCAGAGGGGCCCUGUAUCCAGACCGGUUUGACUACGUUUUUUAUGUGAGCUGCAGAGAGGUGGUCUUGCUGCCCAGGUGUGACCUGCAUCAGCUCCUCUUCUGGUGUUGCGGGGACAGUCAAGCCCCAGCCACGGAGAUCUUGAGACAGCCUGAGCGGCUUCUGUUCAUCCUGGAUGGCUAUGAUGAGUUACAGAGGCCCUUUGAGGAACAGCUGAAGAAGUGGGGGUCGAGCUGCAUGGAGAAGGUGCUGCACCUCCUAAUCAGGAGAAGGUUGCUUCCCACCUGCUCCCUUCUCAUCACCACUCGGCCCCCCGCCCUGCGGAAUCUGGAGUCCAUGCUGGGUGACCGGCGCCACGUCCACGUCCACGUCUUGGGUUUCUCCGAGGAGGAGAGGAAGAGGUAUUUCGACUUCUAUUUUGCAGACGAGGAGCGAGCCAGAAAAGCCUUUGGGUUUGUACAGAAAAGUGCCAUCCUCUACAAAGCAUGUCAGGUUCCUGGCAUUUGCUGGGUGCUCUGCUCCUGGCUGAAGGCACACCUGGACAGAGGCCAGGAGGUCUCUGAACCACCUAGCAACAGCACUGACAUCUACACUGCCUACGUUUCCACCUUCCUGCCCGCUGACGGUGAUGGGGACUGCUCUGACCUGACCCGGUAUAGGGUCCUGAAGGGUCUGUGCUCCUUGGCAGCAGAGGGGAUCCAGCACCACAGGCUGCUAUUUAAAGAGGAUGACCUCAAAAGGCACAAUUUAGACGGCCCCCGCCUCACUGCGUUCCUGAGCAGCAGCGAGUACCAAGAGGGCCUUGGCAUCAAGAAGUUCUACAGCUUCCGCCACAUCAGCUUCCAGGAGUUUUUUCAUGCCAUGUCCUUCCUCAUGAAGGAAGACCAGAACCAGCUGGGUGAGGAGACCCGCAGGGAGGUGGACAGGUUGCUGGAGGUAAAGGAUCAGGAGGAAUACGAAGAGGUGAGCCUCAGUAUGCAGUUUUUAUUCGACAUACUAAAAACAGACAGCGCUUUGAACUGGAAGUUUAAGAACUUAUUCAAGACAGCUCCCUCGUUAAUGCAAGACCUGAAGCAUUUUAAAGAACAAAUGGAAUGUGCAAAGCACCACCGGUCCUGGGAGUUGGAAUUCUCCCUGUAUGAGUCUAAAAUAAAAAAGCUCACAAAAGGUUUUCAGAUGAAAGACAUCUUGUUCAAGAUUGAUUAUUUACAGGACAGAAAACCGGGCAACAGCAAGCCAUUUUCAGUUACAACCACCUUUGGUAAGGGGCAGAAAGAGGAGCAAAUACUUCCUAUUUCAGGAAAAUAUACUCAAGCAAAGAAACAAAAGGGGGCUUCCAGUGAAAACAGCGGGGGGACAGAGCAAGCAGACCAGGAAGUUAGAAGCAGUAGGUUUGGGGGCAGAAGGGGGCAGUAG